GCGGAUUAUUCAGGCACAUUGUACACUCCAAAUAGAUACCUGCUUGAGGCCACAUGUAUUGAGUCAAUCAACUUCCGUUCUUCCUCCAUUUGUGAUCUUCCUUGCCACUCCCCGAUGAUCCGCGAAAUCUGAACUCAACCCGCUAUUCUGGAAAUCGCUCGCAUCGCACAAUUCGAUACAUCGUCUGAAGACGAAUAGACGAACAUGCGGCGCUCAGCCUCGAAUGCUUUCUUUCUCGCCGUAUUCGCCUUGUUCGCUGGCAAAUGUAUAGCGACUCCGACGUCACAUGGCAGCCCAAAUGUUUGCGCAUUUGAGCCUACGGCACAAGUAUCAGAUGCUUGUGCAUCAUAUGCAGAUCUCGACCGACUGAACGAUCAACUACAUCCCUUUGUCCGAAACCUCGCCAAUAACACAGAUUUCUUCUCAUACUAUCGGCUGAAUUUGUACAACAAGGAGUGUCCUUUCUGGAAUGACGAAAACGGUCUCUGUGGCAACAUUGCAUGUGCGGUCACGACACUCGAAAAUGAGGAGGAUAUCCCGGCAAUAUGGCGUGCAGAGGAGUUGAGCAAACUGGAAGGUCCGAAAGCCCAGCAUCCUGGCAAAAAGCAGCAGAAAGAGCGGAAACGACCAUUGUUGGGCGAGUUGGGUGAAGGUGUUGGCGAGAGCUGUGUGGUGGAAUAUGACGAUGAAUGUGACGAGCGGGAUUACUGUGUGCCAGAAGAUGAGACUUCAGGAGGGAAGGGAGACUAUGUGAGCCUCGCGGACAAUCCAGAGCGUUUCACGGGAUACUCAGGCGAGGGCGCACACCAGGUGUGGGAGGCCAUCUAUCGAGAGAAUUGUUUUUCAAGACCGAAUGCUGCGCAGUCAUCACAGAGUAUAUCUGCGAGCAAGAACAUUCUCUCUCCGAACCAGGCCCAGGCAUCGAUUGAUUUCAAGCAGGUCAUGAAGGCGCACGAACGUCAGAAUGCCCUUCAACCUGGUCGAGUGGAAGAAUCGUUCGACAUCGAGGAUGAAUGUCUGGAGAAGCGCGUCUUCUACCGUGUCAUCUCCGGCAUGCACGCCUCCAUUUCUACCCACCUGUGCUACGAUUACCUCAACCAGACCACAGGUCAAUGGGGUCCCAACUUGCAAUGCUACAAGGAUCGCCUCCAAGGACACCCCGAGCGUAUCGCCAACCUGUACUUCAACUACGCCUUCGUCCUACGUGCCGUCAGCAAACUUCGCAAUUACGUGCAGGAUUACACUUUUUGCACGGGCGACCCUCUUCAGGACACGCAAACGAAGCGGAUGAUUACCACCUUGGCCGACGCAAUUCCAGCAGGGCCACAAAUCUUUGAUGAGAGCGUGAUGUUCCAGGACUCGAAGACUGCGGGUGGCAUCAGCCCGUUGAAAGAGGACUUCCGCAAUCGUUUCCGCAACGUCAGCCGUAUUAUGGACUGCGUGGGCUGCGACAAGUGCCGUCUGUGGGGCAAACUUCAGACUGCAGGAUUUGGGACGGCAUUGAAGGUCCUUUUCGAAUUUGACGGCUCUGAGGGAGCUUCGAAAAGUCAGGCCAGCGAGCCGCUUCUUCGACGUACGGAGCUUGUCGCUCUAAUCAACACCUUGGACAAGAUAAGCCAUGCGCUCAAGGCGCUCGAACAUUUCCGGAAUAUGGUUGCGGCAGAGACCGAUCCUAGCAUCAAAGCUGACGCAAGCGUUCCUGCGCUUGACUUCGCCGACCUCGAAAAGCGCCUCGAGGCAGACAGCAAUCAGGCGGAAUCCGCAGCGAAGCCAUUUGAACCCGCUACUCCGAACAAUGUGGUAAUCAAGCAGCGCAAGAAGAAGUCACCCACCGAUAAGCAGAAGCCGAAGAAGAAACCGGCUCCACGUCCUACGAAAAGCAGCACUGGAACUAGCGGCGAGGAUGAAAUAUCCCUCUCCGAGCUGUUCAUCAGCGAGGUCAGCCUCGUCUUUCGAGCAUGGGUCUUUGUCCUACGUAGUUGGAUCGAACUGCCGGUCAAACUACCAGGCAUUCUCUCCGAGGAGGUGCUCCGAUUAUGGGAUUUCUGGCUUGGGUGGCCAAUGCGGCCGCGGACGUGGAAGAUUGCAUUCCCGUCGAGGGAUGAAUUAUGAUCGUCGUCACGAUUGUGGCUAUGAAGUCUUGGUCUAUGUUUCUGCCCUGUAGUUGCAUUCUAGAAUGCACGAUAGCGCUACAUUUUCUGUAUAGAUUCCUCUUCUUCUAUUAAUGAUAGCAUUUAGAUGGUAUGGGAUCGAUGCUUUGGUCUUCUCCUUG